AUGUCAGAAGAACAACCAGGAACCGACAUCAAAGAUGUAACAAAACUGUUGGAGAACUGCUGGUUGUCAGAGGUCAGCUGUUCUUCUCUGGUCUCAGCUCUGAAGUCCAACCCCUCCCAUCUGAAACAUCUGGACCUGAGUAACAACUACAACCUGCAGGAUUCAGGAGUGAAACAUCUGUACCUGAGCAAGAACCAGAACCUGCAGGAUUCAGGAGUGAAACAUCUGUACCUGAGCAAGAACCAGAACCUGCAGGAUUCAGGAGUGAAACAUCUGUGUGGUUUCCUGGAGAGUCCAGAAUGCAGACUGGAGACUAGGUUCAAGCAGAACCAGUUUGUGUGGACAAACUCUGACUGGGCCGUGAUGAUGAAGAAGAUGAAGAUGAAGAUGAAGAUGUACAUAGUUUCUGAAUUCCAGAGUUCUACAAACUUCUAA